UUUGAUUCUUUCCCAACCACUUUAAAAACAAUCACAAUUUCUCUCAAGCAUCACUUCUCCUAAAAUCCUAAUAUACCAUUUCUCUUGUUUUCUCCCUUGAAACAAGUUUUUUUGUAACACAAACUCAUAAAAUGGAACCUCAAAAUAAUCCUCCACACAUAGUGCUUUUCCCAACUCCUGGGAUGGGACAUCUUAUUCCCCUCGUAGAACUCGCCAAGAGAAUCCUAAAAAUCACUCAAUUUAAACUCUCUUUUGUUGUACCUACUAAUGGACCGCCAACACGGGCACAAAAGUCCGUGCUGGCGGUCCUUCCUGAGGAUCGAGUCUCAUCCACUUUUCUUCCGCAGGUAAAUCUUGAUGAUGUACCUGCGAAUGCUAUGAUUGAGACUAGGAUUAGUCUCACCUUAGCCCGAUCACUCCCUGCCUUCCGAUCCUACCUUACGGACCUUCAAAAGUCUAACCAUCAUAUCGCCGCCCUCGUCGUAGACCUUUUCGGGACCGACGCUUUUGACGUCGGUUCCGAGUUUGGGAUUAAGUCGUACUUGUUCUACCCAACCACGGGUAUGUGUUUAUCUUUUUUCAUGCAUCUUCCACAGCUUGAUGCUCAAGUGUCCUGUGAGUUUAAGGACAUGCAAGAACCGGUUGUUUUACCUGGGUGUACUCCGGUUCAUGGAAAAGAUCUGUUGGACCCGGUUCAGGAUAGAAAAAAUGAUGCUUAUAAAUGGACUCUUCAUCAUGUAAAAAGGUAUGGUUUAGCUGAGGGUAUUUUGGUAAAUUCAUUUAAUGAGUUAGAGGAGGGGGCUUUUAAGUUCUUGCAAAAACAUGAACCGGGGAAACCUUUAUUUUAUCCGGUUGGACCGUUGGUUAAGACCGGAGCGGGUGAUGAGACGGGUGACGGAUGCGAAUGUGUAAAGUGGUUGGAUGAGCAGCCACGUGGGUCGGUUUUAUUUGUUUCUUUUGGAAGUGGUGGGACCCUUUCUUAUAAUCAGAUAAUUGAAUUGGCUAAUGGUUUGGAAAUGAGUGAGCAGAGAUUUUUGUGGGUUUUAAGAAGUCCCAAUGAUGAGACUCUUAAUGCUACGUACUUUAGUGUAGAAGGUGAUCAAAAGAAUCCCUUAGAUUAUUUGCCUAAAGGGUUUUUAGAUAGGACUAAAGAGAGGGGCCUAGUUAUUCCAACAUGGGCUCCACAAGUUAAAGUGCUUAGUCAUUCUUCGACAGGUGGAUUUCUGACUCAUUGUGGAUGGAACUCGAUAUUAGAAAGUAUAGUUUACGGGGUGCCUUUAAUUGCUUGGCCACUCUACGCCGAGCAAAAAAUGAACGCGAUAAUGCUAACCGAGGGUAUGAAGGUUGCAUUGAGGCCUAACAUGGAUGAGUCCGGGAUCGUUGGUCGUGGGGAGAUUGGAAUGGUUGUCAAGGGUCUAAUGGAAGGCGAAGAAGGGAAAGAAAUCCGAAAUCGGAUGAAUGAUUUGAAGGAUGCAGCCACUAGAGUGGUGGGAGAAGAUGGUUCAUCAACAAAAGCACUUUAUGAAGUGAUUCAAAAGUGGAAAUCUCACUAAAUUAAAGUCAUAAACUCAUAAUGUUACAUGAAGGCAUUGAAAACAAAAGAAAAGAUGGGUGGGUAUUCAUUACUCUAGUGCGUGUGAAUGUACAAUCUUUUUCCUCCUCUAUAUGUUGAACUUGUGAUUUCCCCACUUCUUUUGUUGCUGCUUAUCCUUUUCAAUUCCAAUUUAAUUUGUUAUCAAACUUUCAUUUAUGUCAUUGUCUUAGUGUGUAAAUUGGACAUCAUUGUAUAAAGUAUUGAAUUCCAUUUUGUUCUAAAUUUUCCUUGGAAUCAUGUAAAUUGGAAUUGUUUUCUUUUGUCAA